AUGGCCUUUGCGGCAACACCCCCGUACGAUGGCACCUUGGCUAAGUACUACUCCCUCCCGGAGGACUUUUGCUAUAAGCUCCCCUCCAACGUGACUAUGGAGGAAGGUGCCCUUGUUGAGCCGCUCAGUGUUGCAGUGCACCUGGUUCGACAAGGAAAGGUACAACCAGGACACUCGGUCGUCGUCUUUGGAGCCGGACCUGUCGGCCUCUUAUGUUCUGCCGUGGCCCGGGCGUUCGGAGCGACCCAUAUCACGGUGGUAGACGUGCAGGCCCAGAGACUGGAGUUUGCUCGGAAUUACAGCGCGACAUCGGUUUUCCUCUUGGACAAAUGCGCGUCCGCGGCAGAGGAUGCCUCACGGAUGAGGCAAGCUAAUGAGUUUGGAACUGGGGCAGAUGUUGUGAUCGAGGCGUCGGGUGCAGAGGCUGCGGUUCACACUGGUAUUCAUGUUUUAAAGCCGGGUGGCACCUUUGUCCAAGGAGGCAUGGGUAGAGAGGAGAUCAACUUUCCGAUCACUGCAGCCUGCACCAAGGAACUGAAUGUUCGAGGCAGUUUUCGAUACGCAGCGGGUGAUUAUAAACUUGCAAUCGAGCUUAUAUCAACCGGCAAGGUGAAGGUCAAGGACUUGAUUACCAAGAUCGUACCAUUCGAAGACGCUGAAGGAGCAUUUGAGGAUGUUAAGGCAGGAAAUGGUAUCAAAACACUCAUUGCUGGGGUUCGAAGCUAG